GCCGUGUGUGUCAAGUAGGCGAGGGGCGCUCCCCCGCUCAACUCCUUGCCCUCUUUGCCUCGCUUUCCCGCUACUGGAUCCGAAGCUCGGAGGGACCGAGCCUGCCUCGGCCACCGGGGGUCCGGCAGGAAGGCGCGAUCCCUCGCUCCUCCGGGGCUCUCCCUGUGCCGGUGGCACGAAGAUCCUCCCCCAUCCCUGGUCCCUCCUCCUCCUCCUCUCCCUCCCUCCUGCCCACAAAGGAGGACGACCCGGGACCGCUCGGCCUCCGCCUCCGCCUCCUCCUCCCCUCUCUCCCCUCCUCCUUUUAGGAGGCCGGCCGCUUAGCCAUGCCCCUCUCCCGGGGGGCUCGGGGGGACUCCGCCGGCCGGUAGCGCGAGCGGCCAAAGGAGGGUGCCCGCCGGUCCCAGCCCCGGCCCGCCCCCUUUCCGGGUUCUCGCCGCUUUUUGGUAAGGGCGGAGAGGACUUUCCCGCUUCUCCGCCGGCUUCCCAGCUCGCCUCCCCCGCGGCACGAUGAGGCGCCUGAACCGCCGCCUGGUCCUGUCCGUCUUGGGCGUCCUGUGGAUCGCGGCUCUCCUCCUCUACCUCGGGACCAGGAAGCGGCUGGAAGGGGUGGGACCCGGAGGGCAGCUCCAGACCCCCAAGGGCUCUGACAUUGAUUGGGAUGACCUCUGGGAUCAAUUUGAAGAGAGAAAGUACCUGAGUGCCCGGAGAUGGAAGGGUGGAGAGGACCCAUAUCGACUCUAUGCCUUCAACCAGCGGGAGAGUGAAAGGAUACCCAGUGACCGUGCCAUCCGUGACACUAGACAUCACAGAUGCACUACUUUGCACUAUAGCUCAGACCUGCCUCCAACCAGCAUUAUCAUUACCUUCCAUAACGAAGCUAGGUCGACAUUACUGAGGACCGUAAGAAGUGUCUUGAACCGAACACCUGUGCAUCUGGUCCAUGAAAUCAUAUUGGUGGAUGACUUCAGUGAUGAUUCUGAUGAUUGCCGUUUGCUGAUCAAGCUACCCAAGGUGAAAUGUUUACGCAACAGGAAAAGAGAAGGUUUGAUCCGGUCCCGCAUUCGAGGAGCAGAUGUGGCCCAAGCAGGAGUUCUUACCUUUUUAGACAGUCACUGUGAAGUGAACAAAGAUUGGCUGCUUCCUCUCCUGCAGAGGAUCAAAGAGGAUCCAACCCAUGUGGUGAGCCCAGUCAUUGAUAUCAUCAACUUGGACACUUUUGCUUACGUGGCAGCUUCAUCAGAUCUGAGAGGAGGAUUUGACUGGAGCCUUCAUUUUAAGUGGGAACAACUUUCUCCAAAGCAGAAGGCAAAGCGAACAGACCCAACAGAGCCAAUCAAGACCCCUAUCAUUGCAGGAGGGCUUUUUGUCAUUGACAAGGCCUGGUUCAACCAUCUUGGAAAAUAUGAUGCGGCGAUGGACAUUUGGGGUGGAGAGAACUUUGAAAUCUCAUUCCGGGUAUGGAUGUGUGGUGGAAGCUUGGAAAUCAUCCCCUGCAGCCGGGUGGGCCACGUCUUCCGGAAGAAGCAUCCCUACACCUUUCCAGAGGGAAAUGCAAACACCUAUAUAAAAAACACCAAGCGCACAGCUGAAGUGUGGAUGGAUGAAUACAAGCAAUACUAUUACGCUGCCCGGCCUGCAGCUCAAGGGAGACCAUAUGGAGAUAUCCAAAGCAGAGUUGAACUGAGGAAGUCAUUGAAAUGUCACUCCUUCAAAUGGUACCUGGAAAACGUAUAUCCAGAACUUAGAAUUCCCGAGGAAUCACUUUACCAGACGGGGAUGAUACGACAAAGACAGAGGUGUCUGGAGACCCAGAAGUCUGAGGGACAAGAUUCCCCAGUUGUGAUCUUAAACCCUUGUAUCACAAGCAAAGGAGCAGCAGCGGCAGCACAGGAAUGGACAUAUACCUACAACCAGCAGGUCCGCUACCAGAAGCUGUGCUUGUCCAUCCAGACUUUAUUUCCAGGAUCCCAGGUGGUGCUCCUACCUUGCAGAGAAGGGGAUGGGAAACAGCGAUGGAAUAAAGUUGGUUCCCAUAUUGAGCACAUGGCUACCCGUUACUGCUUAGACACAGAAAUGGUGGGGGACACCAAUGAGAACAUGAGAGAAGUCGUCAUUAACCCUUGCGAAAGCACAGCAAUGAGUCAGCGAUGGGAGAUGGUGAUGUCGUGACCACAUCUGUCAACACACAAGCAAAUUCAGCCAGGAGGACCUCUGUUAGGGAACACCAAGGCUGCUGUGUGAUCUUGGGGAUAGGGUGGGGCUUGCCUUAGAGUGGGGCAGAAGCCAAAGAAUAAGGACAUACAGCUGUGCCUAGGUUGAAGAAAGCACAUGAGUGCUGGCUCUGUGAGUAUAGCAGAUAUCAUGCUAAGUGGGGCCAUGCAUCCAUAGAGCUAAGAGUUUAAUUGGCAGUUAUCUUCCAAGAACCCUCAUCUUUUAGGUGAAGGAGAAGACAGGCUUGUCAUUUUUUGAGAAGAGAGUCUGCUGAAAUUUACAUGCAGUAGGUGUUGUCCCAUUGCCAAUAUGGGAAGAGUGUCAGAAAAUAAUAAAUGGGAAAGCAGCUUUUAGCAGGGGAAGGAUGGGGAAGGGAGAAAGUGUGUAUUAAUGGGAGCACAGAAAUGUUCAUGUUGAGAAUCAGUGGAGAAAACCAACUGAUCUUGAUCUUGCACUUUUGAUUGAUGUAACUGAGCACAUCUCUGGAAAAGUUCUGGAGGCAGCUAUAUUGCACAUAAGAAUUUGUAUCGGAUUCAGGUACUUGCUGUGUACUGAUUACUGUAUGUGGAGAAUGAAAAAAUGAGUGUGUGUGUGUAUGUGAGAGAGAAAAUGUAUUGUUGUCUGGGAGCUGCGCUCAAAAUCUAAUAGUACACAUGUAGAGGAGAGGGGAAUGUUUAUGCCACUCUUAUCUGCUGUGCAAAGCUCUGUUCAGAAUUAGAGAAAGCCUUGAAGGCAUCCUUCAAAGUGAGGAGCCCCUGCCUAAAAUGUUUGGUGUUUUCCUUAACUGGUAAUCAGUGGAAGGAGACAGGCUGUAUUUUUACUCUGCAAAGGGCCAUGGACACAUGUAACUGUUCCUUCAACCCCACAAUAUCCCAGAGCUGACGUUUAGAGAACCGAGGGAUAAUACUGUUAUUUACAUGCGGCAGGAACUGGGAAGACAGAAUACUCGUGUUGCCCCAAGUCCUCCCCAAGUACCCUGUAACAUCUUAAUAUGUUGGUUGUCCACAAGUGGUAAUUCUCUUUGGGUGGCUUCAAAGCUUUGGAAGAUACCACAACUUUCCAAUGGAUAGUUCGGGUUGUACUGGUUUGUUGUUCAGUUCCCUAUCCUUGAACUACUCAUUGAACCUGUGCACUUGAAAUGGUUGUAAGUUUUUUUCAGAGAUGUUAAGAGGGCAAGACAGAGCUCACAAUGCUUGUAGGAAAAUACAUGCUUUUACCACUAUCAUGCAUGGGGUUUUAUGCCCUUGUUGGUCCAGAAAUCAUAGCAUGAUGGUCAAAAAAUAUAUAUUAUUUCACUCAUACACCAUGUAUGAUGUUACUAAAUACUGGGCCCGUCUGAAAUGAAACAAUCUGAACUUUGUGAGCAGCAUUCCAAAAACCAAAUUGGAAUGCAGAAGUACAGCUCAUCCUAAUAUUUAAUAUAUAGGGCAAGAGUCCAGUAUUGAUAAAACAUUAACGAAUCAGACUCUGAUGAAUACAUUCAUUGUCCUAAAUCAGAUAAAAUGUAGCCCUCCAGAUAUUGUUGGACUACAGCUCCGAGCAGCCCCAAGCAGUAUAACUGGCAGUGAGAAAUGCGGGGAGUUAUAGACCGACAACAUCUGGAAAACACACACACACA